ACGCUGCGCUCAUCUGCAUAAAACAGGUCUCGAGCGCGGUGAUGACGUACGUCCAAACAGGAAGUGUGGACCGAGCACGCUACCGGUUCCCCACGUGAUCGCAGGAGCCGCGGCGGUGUCACCUCGGCGCCGUUGUGGCCUGUGAAGAGCCGCUGACGUCAGCAGCAGAACCGAACCUCUGUGAUGGCAGCGGGCGGGCUCAGCUUCAGGAACAUCACCGCCCUGGCUCCGAUGGUUCGGGUGGGGACUCUGCCCAUGAGGCUGCUGGCUCUGGACUAUGGCGCUGAUGUGGUUUACUGCGAGGAGCUGAUUGACAUUAAAAUGGCCCAGUGCCGGAGGGUAGUGAACGACGAGCUGGAGACGGUGGAUUUCGUGGCUCCGGAUGAUCGAGUGAUGUUCAGAACGUGCGAGAGGGAACGGCACCGGGUCGUCUUCCAGAUGGGAACCGCAGACCCAGAUAGAGCGCUGACGGUGGCUCAGCUUGUAGAGAAGGACGUGGCUGCGAUCGACGUGAACAUGGGAUGUCCCAAGGAGUACUCCACUAAGGGAGGAAUGGGAGCUGCUCUUCUGUCAGAGCCUGAUAAGAUCGAGGCGAUCCUCAGGAAACUUGUAACAGGAGUUUCAAUUCCAGUGACGUGUAAAAUUCGGAUCCUGCCCUCGCUGGAGGAAUCCGUGGCUUUGGUGCAGAGGAUUGAGAAGACGGGAGUCGCUGCUGUGGCCGUUCACGGCAGGUUCAAGGACGAGCGGCCCAGACACCCGGUCCACUGUGACUACAUCGAGGCCGUGUGCCGAGCCGUGUCGGUGCCCAUCAUCGCUAACGGAGGCUCCUUGGAUCUGGUGAAGACUCACGCCGACAUCGAGGAGUUCAGGAAGGCGACGGGUGCCUCGUCCGUCAUGUUGGGCCGCGCCGCCAUGUGGAACGCCUCCGUGUUCAGCAGCCGGGGGCCACUUCCUGUGGAGACGGUCAUGGAGGAGUAUCUGAGAUAUGCGAUUCGGUACGACAACCACACCUUCAACACAAAGUACUGUUUGUGUCAGAUGCUCAGAGACAAGGUGGAGUCUCCUCUGGGGAAGCAGGUGCAGGCGGCCCAGACCAACGCGGAGAUCAGCGAGGCCUACGGGCUGCAGCACUUCUACCAGCAGACUCAGGAUCAGCUGCGGGCCAAAAGGGACGCGCUGCCCGGCGGCGGCGGCACUGAGACCGAGCGGCCCGUCCUGGACGGAGACGUCACCACCAUGGCUGUCAAGUUUGAACGGAGAGAAUAUCCUCCUCACAUCACGCCCAAGAUGUUCCUGUUGGAGUGGAGCCGCAAGGAGAAGGCGGACCAGCCGCUGUACAGGACGGAGCAGCGUGCGCAGGACCGAGCCUUCCAGGCGACCGUGACUGCAGCAGGGAGGAAGUUCAGGUCGUCUCUGUGGGAGAAGUCGAAGAAGUUCGCUGAACAAGCAGCCGCCAUCGUCUGCCUGCGAGUGCUGGGGAUCCCAGAGGGUCGCAUCGGCGAGGAAGACUCCGGUCUGGUCUGCAAGAGGAAGAGGGAGGGGAAGGCGAACGGCGCCGCAGAUGAAGAGAGGAGCAAGAAGCGUCACGUGGCCGACGUUCAGCAGGAAACGGAAGCGUCGCAGGCGACGGCCAGUGGUGAGCAGCUCAGAGCAGCCUCCAGAUAAUCAGGAGAGUGUGGGACCGAAGCUUCGCCGCCAAGAAUGUGGAAAUGAGAUCCAGAGAGUCGGGUUCUGUUCUGAUCCACCGAUGGCUUCUGAUGGACUUUGUUGCUCCUCUUACUUUUCAAUACACCUCAAACUUCAGUCUUCCACUGAAUCUGCUGCUUUUCUUUAAAACACAAACCUUUUUUUGUUUCUCUUUUGUGACAUCUGUGUAGUGAACCUGCAGAGGUUCUGACCCGGGUCACUGCUGGACCUGGUUGAAUGAAUCUUCUUUUACAUCCUCAGUUUCAACUUCAACUAUGGUCAGCUGCGUUUUUCACUUCUAUUUAAUUCAAAUCCUACAAAUACUCUAAACGAUGCUUUGUGAUCAUUUUGUUUUAAAAUAAUUUUCUUUUAACUUUUAUUUUAAUCAAUCAGUGAAUUGGUCUUAAUAAAAAAACAUCAGCUCAGAACAGAA